AUAGCAUUGAAAAUACGAGCUAGAUCGCUCCCGUUAUAAUAGACAGGUGGUGCUCGAGGUCAUCAAGUCAUGGUUCAUCUCGUCAGGAUAUCAGGGAUCAUCACCUUAUGUGCAGGAGUCCAAGCUAGUCUCUUGGACCCUCGCCAGGACAUUCAAACGGCAGCGACGACCACGACAGAUGGCACGCCGACCAUCACGUCAUUAGCAGACCUACCGGAUAUCUCGGCUCCUGCUCAGAUCGGUCUGAUCAUGCCGAAUCCGGACAAUCCAGUGUAUGUCGGCGUGAUAUACACGUUCGGAUUUGUCGACCCCACUCCCGGACCGCCUGAAGCUCAGGAUGGCGUCCUGCGUCAAGUCACCCCUCUCAUAAAUUUUCCCAAUUAUACCACCUCGGUCUUUCCUCCUUACUCUUCCUUAUCUACGGACCCUGCCGACCAUGUGAACGAUACGCAGCUGGAAGAUACGCCGGGAGCAGGGUGGUGCAGCGUGGAUCUGGCCCCGAGGGUACGGACAUUCGACUUCGAGUUCGUCAUGACCGGAUGGCAUAUGUUUGUGGUCAACACUACCUGGGCGAGACCGACUAUCAACGGUGCUGACCCAUCCCAGAACUGCACAUUACCUUACCUCGGCCUGUACUCUUUCUUCGCGACCCAGACCCUCAAGGUGCUUGCCGUGCCUGAAGGCCAAUCUCCUACAGCUCCGACACCAGCUUUCACGUUGCUGAAAGACCUGGAUUGGAGGACACCUGGAGAGUUGCCUCUUGAAAAGAAGGAGAGUACGAGCCAGAAGAAGACGAUCGCUGUGUUAGCGGCACUGGGGGCAUUCGCUUUGGUCGGAGCUAUGGCGACAUUCAUCUGGCUAGAAAGGCGGAAGAAGAAAGCCGAGAUCGAGGCCAUCGCCAUUUCCCGUCUACCUCCCGAAGAACGAGCCGCCUUCCUCACUCCCCAAGACUAUACCAAUGCCGAUCCGAGGAACGUCUUUCCAGCCGAGAUGAGGUAUGCUGGGGUAGCUCGUGAUCCGGUACAUCCGUCCCACCUCAUCCCGGUGGGACAAGUACGGAGGCAAGAGUUUGGGUAUGAUCCGAGGACUGGAUCGGGUGGUGGAGUUCCCAUGGGUUCGGUUGGCUGGAGAGGGGCUUGGGAUCGGGCAAUGGGUCGGGGUGGUUACUGAGUCUUGCGGAAGUUGGGGAAGAACAGGAUUGUAAUGGACUAGGUUU